AAUUCUUAUUAGCUCAGAGGUUUUCAAUGAUAGAUAGAGUGCAGUCAAUUUACCGCCGUUACAUAAGAUGGAAAAUGAAGCCACGUCUUCUACUGACGAUAAUUCUACUUUGUCAAACACUGCGAACUUAUCAUGCAUUGACAUGUUUGAGAUGCACCACUGUUGUACAGCCACGAAAUUGUGAAACAGUCAUGACUUGCCCUCAAAGUGACGAUGUUUGCUUUGUCGAACGGAGGACAGAUGACUUUGGAGAAGAGGGAUACGCCCUAGGAUGCAUCUCUCAACGUUCGUGCCACAACACCACGUCCUACUCGUCUACAGGCCCUUGCUCGCACUGCUGUGACAACGAUCUGUGCAACCAGGAGGGGUGUGGGGAAAUAGGUUUUCCUUCAAACCGCGGACCUAUCUGCUACAAUUGCCAUUCGCCAUUACCGGACGGUCGUUGUCAUAAUGUGGAUAUAUGUCGUACCGGAGAGGUAUGCAGCGUGACUGGAAAAGAAAAGUUCGGAACACAAGUCUUUACAUCGCAAUGCGUUCCCAACGAUGACUGCGGGCCACAUAAUGUUGGACUCUUCAUCGGUAAACGUAGCAGUGUGACUGAGCAGGUCGUCCGGACAUAUGACCCUUAUGGCUGCUUUCAAUGUUGCAGCAGUGACCUUUGCAACCGCAAAUGCAAGACACAAGAAGCCCACCUAUUGGACGCACAAUGGGGUUUAUGGGCGACAUGGUCGUUGUGUACUUCUAACUGUAACCAGACACGGACACGAGCGUGCGACAACCCCGCACCGCAAGCAGACGGUAGAGAUUGUCUUGGUUAUGCGAUACAAACACAAAGCUGUUACAUGGACCAAUGCCGAGUUGACGGACAAUGGGGCUCAUGGACUGCAUGGUCCUCGUGUUCCUCUCAGUGUAAUCAGACACGGUCUCGAGCAUGCGACACACCAGCACCGAUUAAUGGCGGGAUUGAUUGUCCUGGUACUACGCUGCAAACAAAAAGCUGUUACACAGACCAAUGUCCAGUUGAUGGCCAUUGGGGUUCAUGGACUGCAUGGUCUGUGUGUUCCACGUACUGUAAACAGACACGAAAUCGAUCAUGCGACAAUCCAGCACCGCUACCAGGCGGAAGAGACUGUCCUGGUAAUAUGACGCAAACUCGAAGCUGUUACACAGAACAAUGUAUAGUGGACGGACAAUGGGGUUCAUGGACUGCAUGGUCCUUGUGUACAUCUUAUUGUAAUCAGACAAGGUCUCGAGCAUGCGACAAUCCAGCACCGUUUCAUGGCGGGAAAGAUUGCGAUGGUAAUUUAACGCAAGCACAAAGCUGUUACACAGACAAAUGCCCAGUGGACGGGCAAUGGGGUUCGUGGAUAGCAUGGCCGCUAUGUGAUGCAUUUUGUAGCCAGACAAGGACACGCCUGUGCGACAGCCCGGCACCUCUACCAGGCGGGAGAGACUGUCCUGGUCAUUCAGGGCAAACACAGGACUGUGAAACUGCUAAGUGUUCAAACAAAGAUUGCUCUGAAUUACUUAAACAUGAUGAUUCCCGGCAAAGUGGUGUUUACACCAUCACCACCCCAAUAACUCACACCAAGAUUCAGGUGUUCUGCGACAUGGAGACGGAUGGAGGGGGAUGGACGGUUUUCCAAAAGCGAUUCAACGGAAGUGAGAACUUUUAUCGGAACUUAAGCGACUAUAAACACGGAUUUGGGCGGGUUUACGGAGAACACUGGCUUGGCCUUACUUACAUGUACGAGAUAGUUUCUCAAGGUGGCCAUCAACUGCGUUUGGAUUUUAUACGUUCUAACGGAAGCAAGGGAUAUGAUGUGUACGGAAAUUUCAGCCUACAGCCCGGAACUAAUUAUACAUUAUACAUCGGGUCCCGUUUACGUUUCAGUGGAUGCGUGUCACUGAUUGCAGACCCGAAUGGUACACCAAACGACAAUGCCUUUAGUACCUAUGACCAUGACGUCGACAGACAUAACAGUGGCGACUGCGCAAACUACGGUCACGGAGGCUGGUGGUAUAACAAGUGUUGUCAACUCAACGCGAAUGGAUUGUAUCAGCCAGGGCAAAAAGAAGCCAGUGCUAUGGCGUAUAGUGGGGAAGAAGGUCUAGAAGCAAUUACUAUGAUGUUUAAACCAAUUUAAUUAAUGGCUCAGAAUUAUGUGUAUAACGUGUUAACAGAGGAUCUGGCGUCCUUGAAAAUAACAGAAAUUUAAAGUAUUAAUGACUAUGAAAUUAGUUGUACUUUAAUUGAUCAUUUUAACAAUUUAAAUCAUCAUCCUCCUUUAUGAUCAAGUACUUGUUUUGAAGGACCUGCAACAAGGAUUAACUAAAAACUUUCCCUAUUUUGUAAAUUAUAAUGAGGGUUGUAUGGUUUUAUUUUUUUGAUAUUUUUGAAUUAUUCGAUGGUAGAUUUUCGUUCAUUUUAAAAAUUAAAUAAUUGCAUUUACUGACACAACAAUAGAAUUAUUUUUUUCAAUUAAUAAUUAUAAACAAAUGCAGUUAAACACGUUUUUUCUUAAUUGUCAUUUCAAGCGUUAUGCACGCUUUUUGUUUUUUCCCUAUUAUUAUUGAUGAAUAUCCAAAAUGUUUUUUCCUCUACUGAAUGCAUAUAUUAUUUUUCGCUUUUGUGACCUUUUUUGAAAAUUGAAAUCACUUGUAUCACUUUUACUUUGUUUAACACAAUUCAUGAAUACAAGUUUAAUUAUGAUAUUUAAAUAAAAUUCUUGCAGAUACAAACAGUUUCGUGUUGAUAACGGUGAAUAUACUGUAUAUUCCACAGGUGGUUCGCGUGUGGCUAUAAUAUUAAUUAGUAAAAAUAUCAUUUGGAUGAUCCGGUCCGUGAAUUUUGUUGGAAAAAUGCCGUUUACUUCGUGAAGAUUUCAGUCUUUGAUCGGGUCAGAUGGUCGACGAGUAGGUCACGCGAGUUGUGUAUCGUGUUAAUUUUUAAAAUUUGAUCCAGCAAUUUUAACUAUUUCGGGCCAGACUGCCUUCGUUUACACACGUAGUACAUCAUAGUAUUGCAAUAGCAAACAUUUGAACGCAAAAUGGGGGAUGGUAAUAAAGAUUUAACGAG